UAUAAACUUGCGCUUUGCACUAGCACAUUUGCACUCAUGGAUCCGGCCUCCUCUGAACCACCUGUUAAUCCAUCAGAGUCGCGAUCAUUUCAAAGAUGGCUGCACAAAGCUGCCCAAGUAUCAGGUAUGGGGCUUACCGCAGAUGAACGAGAACGUGACAGGGUUGAAGCGCAGCAUCGCCGCUGCGAGCAAUGGAAGACCGAACUUCUGAAUUACAGCCCUUCAGUUGUUUUCAUGUUAAAACAUCUUAAGUUGUCCGGGUGCCUGGUACCGUCCUCGAACAUCGUGUGUGCCCCAUGCGAUCUCACGCGUUCCGGAGGCUUCCAUCCUGCUGGAGCGAUUAUCCUUUGUCAGGGCCAUUUCGGAGACAAGAAGCACAUGGAAGAUACCCUCACACACGAGCUGGUACAUAUGUAUGAUCACUGCAAGUUCAAUGUUGACUGGAAAAACUUGAGACAUCAUGCAUGUAGCGAAAUCCGUGCUAACAGUUUAAGUGGUGACUGCCGAUAUAUGCGUGAGCUGGGAAGGGGAUUCGUGUCAUUUUCAAAACAACAUCAGGCUUGCGUGAGACGGCGUGCUAUACUUUCCGUCCGCGCGAAUCCCAUGUGCCCAGACGAGGCAGCGGCAGAGCGUGCGGUGAAUGAGGUCUGGGGGAGUUGCUUUAGCGAUACGCGACCGUUUGACGAGAUCUAUUAGCGGAUGGAAAGGGAAUACAUGGCCGUGAUCUAUUCUUGAACACAGGCGAAAGGCUCUUACGAUCGCGGCCUGACUGGAAAUCGGGAAAUUGUACGCCGCCAUCCGGUUAAAUUUCACCAAGGGAUUUUUUCCCCGUGAGCAUUAUUGCUGGGGGGUUGACGACUUGUAAUGGAUAAUGUCUACUAUUACUGACUAGAAUCCAUAGUUGGGCAUACCUACCGAAUGAAAAACGCGGGAAU